GAGCAGGAGCAGGAGGAGGGGCCACUAACUUCAGCCAACUUCGGGACUAAAUGUCUGGAAUUCCGUUUCCGCUUUAGGGAGUUGACGGUGAUUUUUUUGUUGUUGUUGCUUUUCCACGAUUACUCGGACAGUUUCCCCGUCAACGUCGUCCCGGAUUAAACCACCGCCGCCACAAUGGCCUCUUCGCCCCAGAAGUCCCCGUCCUCUCCGAAGUCUCCGACGCCCAAAUCCCCGUCUUCCAGAAAGAAAGACGACUCUUUCCUGGGGAAACUUGGAGGAACUUUGGCGAGAAGGAAAAAGGCGAAAGAAGUGUCUGAGCUUCAGGAAGAGGGGAUCAACGCCAUCAACCUCCCUCUCAGCCCGUCCCACUACGAGCUGGACCCCGAAGACACCAUGCUAGAGGAGAACGAAGUGCGCACCAUGGUGGACCCCAACUCCAAGACCGACCGCAAGCUGCAGGAGCUCAUGAGGGUGCUGAUCGACUGGAUCAACGACGUGCUGGUGGGGGAGAGGAUUAUCGUGAAGGACCUGGCCGAGGACCUGUACGAUGGACAGGUGCUUCAGAAGCUGUUCGAGAAGCUGGAGGGCGAGAAGCUGAACGUGGCCGAGGUGACCCAGUCGGAGAUCGCCCAGAAGCAGAAGCUGCAGACGGUGUUGGAGCGCAUCAACGAAUCGCUCAAACUGUCCACCAGGAACAUCCGCUGGAACGUCGACUCGGUUCACGCCAAGAGCAUCGUUGCCAUCCUGCACCUGCUGGUGGCGCUGUCGCAGCACUUCCGAGCGCCGAUCAGACUGCCGGACCACGUCUCCAUUCAGGUGGUGGUGGUCCAGAAAAGAGAAGGCAUCCUUCAGUCCAGGCAAAUUCAGGAGGAGAUCACCGGCAACACAGAGGCCUUCUCCGGCAGACACGAGCGCGACGCUUUCGACACCCUGUUUGACCACGCUCCAGAUAAGCUGAAUGUUGUCAAAAAGACAUUGAUCACAUUUGUGAACAAACACCUCAACAAGCUGAACCUUGAGGUGUCUGAAUUGGACACACAGUUUGCAGACGGCGUUUAUCUGGUAUUGCUGAUGGGGCUGUUGGAGGGAUACUUUGUGCCGCUCUACAACUUUUUUCUCACACCAGAGAAUUUUGAACAAAAGGUCCACAAUGUGUCCUUCUCCUUUGAGCUGAUGCAGGACGGAGGUCUGGAGAGGCCGAAGCCCCGACCAGAAGAUAUAGUGAACUGUGACCUGAAAUCGACACUGCGCGUCCUCUACAACCUCUUCACCAGAUACAGGAACGUGGACUGAGCACCGGGCGGCAGGAGGGAACACUCCCAACUAUGUAUCACCAUGUUCCAGCUAAAUGACAUGCGUUUCCUUCCACUUUUUUUUAUCUCAAUGCAUGCAUCACAUUUUGCCCCUGUUGGAUACUAUACCACGCACUAGUCUUUCUGAUUUCUGCAAAGACAAUUUUACGAGAUCCUUAAGACGUUUAUAGAAUAUUUCCUGACGCAUUUUAUCUUUUUUCUGCUGAAGAACAGCUGAAAUUUCAUUUUGUUCACAGAAUGAUAUUCAAUCUAGUGUUUUCCCUCUUUAAAACUAUAUUUGGGCAGUUUUAAUUUUUUAUAUAAAUACUCAAUUUGGGUACACAUGGCUAAAUUGCACCACAAUAUAUGAGACAUUUUCACCUGCUCAAAAACGCACAAGAGAAAUCCGUUGAUUGGCCUUUCAGGGCUUGACUUGUGUGACACAAAACUGACUUUUUGUUGUAAAUUGGGCUUUGACACACGGUUCUGGGGACAUGGAUGAACCAAAUAAAAGAGCCAAUGGUUAGGGAAGUCGUAGAGGUUAUCCUGUAAUGACUUCUGUCAAUCUGUGUUAUCAGAAAGAUGAACAAAUAUGUAUCUUUUUAAUUCCUAAAAGUGAAUGUUCAUCUGUGUUUAUUUUACAUUUUUAUUUUACAUAUUUAACUGCUAUUUUAUUUUUAUUUUUGUUGUUUGUAAUUCAUAAGUGCCUUUAUUAAGAUGUGUGAACACAGCUAGCAGCUCCCGAUACGUAAUGUCACUACGCUUAUGUCUUAACUUUCCAGAAUCCCUCCCCUUGUGUGGAGCAACAUUAGAAACAUCUGACCAAAGCUCUGUUGUACUCGCACUGUAAGUCCUAUAAAGGUGUUACUCAGUAGCCAUUCGCUUUCUUGUUUUUUGUCAACUUUGCUUUUUUGGGGGGGUUAAACACACAUUUGAUUUCUCUCAUUUCUGCAAAACAAAUGAAACAAUUCACUGCUUACAUUUAAUGUAUUUUUUCUCUAUUAUCCAUCAAUGUUUUGAAUUAUAUCGUCUGCUCCCUGAUAGUUGCUAUAUUUUAUGUGUUUGCUCCUCAAAAGGAUGCAAAGGAAAGGCUUUUACAGCCAAACAAGGAUUGGGGUCAGAUUGGUUCCAAUUUGGCCUGCACAACUCGACAAGUGGACCGAGCUCAACAAUUUUCUUUUCAUUUGCUGAAUUGAGAAAUGGGUAAAAGCUUUCUGAAUUGGAAGUGACUCAUAGAGCGAUAGCCCAGUUGAGGAUUGAAUGAAAUUCCACAAUAACUUUUGAAAAUAAAGUGUGAUGAAUAGGUGUGUA